GGUCCGACUCUUGAUUUUUGCUCAGGUCAUGAUCCCAGGGUUGUGGGAUUGAGUCCCAUGUCGGGCUCUGUGCCGAGCAUGGAGCCUGUUUGAGAUUCUCUGUUAAUAUUUUGGCAUAUUUUCUCUUGCUGUUUACCUUUUUUAGAUUUAUUUUUACUGAAGUAAUAUAUGCGCUGGAGAGCAAACCAACUAGCAUUUUGGAUUGAGCCCUGUGACAUUGGUGUUUCCGAAGGUCCCAAGCGGUCAGUGGUGGCUAAUAGCAUUUGUUGAGUGUUUCCUAUACACCAUCACUAUUCUUUACGCUUUUCGUGGUAUCUGUAUGUUUCAUUAACCAGUUAUUUUUCCAUGUUACAAAUAUUACUUUCUUAAAUGUUGAAAAACUGAUAAAGUUAAACCUAGAAUGUGAAGGAAUUGAUGUACGUCAGGUCUUUGAAGAAGUGCCUAUAGACAAAGCACGUUUUUAGGAUUCACUGAUUUAUCAAAUUUGGCUACCACUGUUGGAGCGUUGGCCCUGGAUGAGACAUCGUACAGUGCCCUUGUUCAGCACCAUUUCACUGAUGGAGGCACAGCACAGGUGUGCAUUGGGAUCAUUGUGAUACUGAUCAUACACAACUAUUGGUUCCUCUAUGUCCCUUAUAUGACAUGGCUUUACUUUGACUGGCGUACCCCAGAGCAGGGGGGCAGGAGAUCCAACUGGGUCAGAAGCUGGACCGUGUGGAGGUAUUUUAAGGACUAUUUUCCGAUUCAUCUCAUCAAAACUUGGGAUUUGGAUCCAAGUCACAACUACAUAUUUGGGUUUCAUCCCCAUGGAGUGCUCGUUGCUGGAGCCUUUGGAAAUUUUUGUACGAAUUAUUCGGACUUCGAACAGCUGUUUCCUGGAUUCACUGCAUAUCUCCACGUGCUCCCAUUUUGGUUCCGGUGUCCUCUCUUUCGAGAAUAUCUGAUGAGUAGUGGGCCAGUCUCAGUUUCUAAGAAGAGUGUGUCCCAUGUGCUGAGCAAGGAGGGAGGCGGAAACAUUUCAGUCAUAGUUCUUGGGGGCGCGGAAGAAUCGCUGGAUGCCCAUCCUGGAAAAUUCACUCUGUUCAUCCGCCAGCGGAAAGGAUUUGUUAAAAUUGCUUUGACCCAUGGCGCCUCCUUGGUCCCAGUGUUUUCUUUUGGAGAAAAUGAGCUGUUUAAACAAGUUAACAACCCUGAAGGCUCAUGGCUUCGAACCGUGCAAGAGAGGCUACAGAAGAUCAUGGGGUUUGCUUUGCCUCUUUUCCAUGCCAGAGGGAUUUUUCAAUACAAUUUUGGCCUGAUGCCAUACAGGAAACCGAUCCACACUGUUGUUGGCCGUCCAAUCCCCGUUCAUCAGACUCUGCACCCAACCACGGAACAGAUUGAGGAGUUACAUCACGCCUAUAUGGAGGAGCUAAAGAAAUUAUUUGAGGCGCACAAGAGGAAGUAUGGUAUCCCAGAGCACGAAACUCUCAUUUUUAAAUAACUACGCUUGCAAGGCACACCAGAGGAUGCGAGAACAUCCCAUUGGAGAAUACAUAUUUUAAAUAAGGAUUUUCUUCUUUGGCUAUGGAGUCCAAUGUGCAACUGGAAAAUAUUAUUUAUGGUGACAGAUGUUGGUGAGUGUCCAUGGGCAAUAAAAAUACAGCAGGUGACUACAGGAGAAGGGUGGAGAAGACUAUGACCCUUCUAAUCAUCCUCCUCGUUUAGGAAGGGCCCGUCAUUUUGCAGGUGAAGAAAAGGUUUAGAAUUAUUCAUGUGCUCAAGAAAAAAAAAUAGGACGGCUUCAAAAAAUAAUUAGACCCUUUUACUAAACAUCACAAUAAUUUAAGGUAGUGUUUUCACUAAGUACGACAGCUGUUGUUUACCACAGCUGGAGCAGUUAGGAGACCAUGUGUGAAAUAAUUUUCCAUACAGAGCUAGAGGAGAUCUUUUUUUUUUUUUUUUUCUGCUUGAACAGACCAUUUUUGGGUGAAUAAUGUUACUUUUCAGGCUUAGAUAAUUUGAUCCCUUUAGGUCAUGUCAACCAACACAUUCUUAUACAAUAGUGCAGAAUUUUUAUGCGGUCUUUGAAAUAGGAUGAAUCUACCAUCUGGAAAAACCCAUGUGGGUGAGAGCGUGUCUCUUCAUUUCUGUUCAUGCUUGGAAACAUUCAUGCUUGUCGUUUGCUUCGGAGCAUGCUCAUUUGCUGUGGACAAGGAGGUCUUUUGGGACACAUGCUUUAUAGAACAUUGAAAUUCCGAAAGGUUUUCAUGGUCGUAGAAAUGAUUUGAAUUUUCUUUCCAAAUAGCCUCUUUGAGGAAGACCAGCUAUGAAAGAAAGCACCCUCUCUGGUUGUCGUGUGUCCAGUUACAACUGUCUGGUCCGAAAGAGAGGCAACCCUGUGCCCCCUGUUCACUGAUACCUCCCUAGUGCCUGGGCCGGGCACAAAAUAAGUACUUGUUUAGUGAAUAUAUUUACGGAUGAGCCCACCAAGGUGAAGAGUUUUUAAAGCUGUACCAUAGGAUGAACCUAUUUUAAGAAAAGACCCAGUUUCAGAAGGAGAGAAUGUGCGGGGUCUGAUUGUCUCAUGCCAGUAAUGGACGAGACCGCAGGCUAGUUUAUAAGAUGCAAGUGAAAAGGAGGUUUCUGAUCAUUAGGCACUAAAAGUUAAGUAAAGUAUUUGGUAAAUAAAUGAGAAGGAUGUCUAGUUUCCAAAUGAUCUCCGUUGCUAUAUGUUGCUUCUUUACCCCUUGUGCUCUGGGUAUUUGGGGGCAACUUCUUGGAGUUGUUCUAACUUACUAGUAAUAUAUCUUCAGGCCUCUAAUUUUUAAAACAUGAAGCCUGGGCUGGAGCCUGGACUGAGUUCAGCAUCAGCCAAACAAAAUCAUGCUGGGUAAUGUCUUGACUAGGAAAGCAUUUCACACAGGAAAAAAUGAACAUGCCUCUGGCUUCAUACUGGUUGAACAAUCCAGGAGUCCACUGACCCAUGGCCUUGAAAUUAGAUCAAUUUUUUGUCAAAACAGGGAAUAGGGCACAACCUAUUUUUAACAGAUGCACAAAACUCGACUAUAAAUCCUUUUUGGUAUUACUCAACACCAACGAAGUAUAAAAGGAGCACCAUUUACAGAAAAUGACACCCCAGCUGGUCAUGGGUCGGUCUUUCAGAAUGCCACAAUGACUAGAGACCUUUAUUAUAAAGUCUGUGAAUUUCAUCCCUUUAGAGAAGUUCAUUAAAGUCUCUGUGAUUUCACAAAACUAUGACUUUUAAUCUCAUACUUGGUCCUGGGAGGCCAAGCUGACCCUGACAUCAGCUGGAUCAUCUAAUAAAGCAAAGUUAAAGCCCAUAGGUAGUAAAGCAAAGGCACUGAAAAAUGAGCAAAGUUCCCCUCUGACGAAUUUGCUAGAAUUUUGCCAUUUUAAAACCCUAGGCAUCAGCAAACUUCCAUUCUGGCGUCCAUAAAAUCUUAUUUUUAGAUACAUUUUAGGGGUUUUAUCUCUUUCUUUCUUUCUUUCUUUCUUUCUUUCUUUCUUUCUGUCUUUCUCUCUCUUUCUUUUCUUUCUUUCUUUCUCUCUCUCUCUCUCUCUCUCUCUCGGUCAUAAUCUAGCCAGAAGUCCAUUCAUAAACCCAAAGCAUAGUUGUAAGCCCCAUAUAGUCCUACAGAUUGCAAGUGAAGGUUUGGACACGAACUUUUGCUACAGCACAAUUGUGGGCUAUAUCUUGUACUCACUAAUGUGGUUUGACACAGAGUGCCUCUAUUUUAAAGAUUCUCGUCUACUCUGCAACUGUACCUAAUGUUUAAACAGCAAAGCAAAAAAUAACAACAACAAAGAUAACCCCAGGACCCAGUAAGAGAAACUGACCUAAUUGCCUUGAGAAAAUGUACGUUUGUGCUAUUUGACUUAGACAUUUCUUUGUCCUGUUUCUCUUGCACACUGGGCACAGGCUGAGUCAUUUGCUUUGUCUUACGGUUAGAACUGUUGAAAUUAUCUAGAUCUGGUUAAGUCUGUUAUGCUCACAUUGAAGAUUGCAGCUCCAGUGCUUAGAAAGGCCAGCCAGUUUUGCUGGGUCCCAAGGGGAACCAGGACAAGGGAGGCUACAUGAUUUAUGAAAACCCUUCACUAGAACCCUGGAAACAAUCAAAGUAUAUAUACUUCAGGGAUGAAGGGUGAGCCUUUAUUGUAUGCAUAGCAUUUUUAAAAAAUACUUUUUAACGUUUAUUCAUUUUUGAGAGACAGAAAGAGACAGAGUGCAAUCAGGGGACGGGCAGAGAGAGAGGGAGACACAGAAUCCGAAGCAGGCUCCAGGCUCCGAACUGUCAGCACAGAGCCCCACGUGGGGCUUGAACUCAGGAACUGUGAGAUCAUGACCUGAGCUGAAGUCAGACGCUUACCCGACUGAGUUGCCCAGGUGCCCCAUAUGCAUAGCAUUAAAAGUAAAAUCCCUAUUUUCAGUAGAAGGUAUGCUUUGGUCAUGGGAAAUACAGGAAGAUGUAACCUCACAUCUCUUCCAAACUACCUCACCCACGAUACAAAUGGCCAAAGUACAUGAUAAAUCUGAAAACAAGUUUGGGGUCUAUUUGUCUCCUUUUCCUUUGACAGGAAACAGUGUUGAUGGGAUUUGUUGAUUGUUUUUGUUUUUGUUUUUUUCCCCAGUAGCCUAAGGAUAAGCCAGUUCUUAAACUGUAUUUGUAUAUAUUUUUUUAAGCUAAGCGAUGAGAUGUCUAUUUCUGGGGCUGGGAGAGUUACCUCAAAUAGAAUUUGUGUAUCUUAUGAAAGGAAAAAAAACAAGGCAACUUCUACAUAGCCAAUCACUCGCUCCAGUUUCUCUGGGCUGGCAAAUACAGAAGCAGUUUUUUAUAUUUAAAAAAAACCAAGGGAUUUGUCUAACACCUUAUAUGUCAGUAAUGUUCAUUAAUCCCUCCCAGACACCCAUUGCUUAGUGCCUUAAUACCGCAUAUGAAGGAGAAAGUCUGUCCCAAACCCUAGUUUACUCAUGGAAUGAUGGGUUCCUGAGUAGCAGAGUCUGUGUCCUGUGAGUGUCGUGAUCCUGGCGCCCACAGAGCAGGCUGGCCGCACUUUCUCGAAUGCUUGUGGUGCCACCUGUGUCAUAGGAGCCAGGCUUUGGAGCUAGAAGGGGCUUUGCAGUCCGUGGGUUGUUCCUUCUACAGAUGAAGCAGCUGAACCCCAGUGGCUUCGUGCGUGUUGGAACCAUGUUCGUGUUACUUUUCUCUGGUGGAGCGGGAGGUAGCACUCGUCCGUCAUUGUUGAUGAAUAAACCCGUGCACCCUCUUGUAGAACAGAGGUGUCAAAACAUAGAGUUGGGAUGAAAAAUACUCGUAAAGCAAGGGAUUUAGCCACUCCGAAGCGAGCUCUUUCUUAUUGGGACCUAGAGCAUGUUUCUUUUGUGAGACUGGCACACCGCAUUGUUGAUUUUUCCCUUUUUGCGAGAGCUAUUUUGGUGAUGUGCUCUGGGUGACAUCCAAGUUUUCAACGACAAGCUGAGCCACAAGAGCCUUCGGUAGUGAGCAGCAGGCUAAGGCAAGGGGCUUUAUGCCCAGGAUGAGUGACAGACCCCACGAAGGAUUCUCUCUCUUGGUCAUGUUGUGACCAUUAAGACAGGUCGGAGCAGAAGUGGAAGAGGACUGUGGUCACCUCAGUGACAGCCUCAGAGCCCCAAGCCCGUUCUGGCUGUGGCUUCAUCCAGCUGGGUUGUUAGAGCUGCCUUUUCUUUCUUUCUUUCUUUCUUUCUUUCUUUCUUUCUUUCUUUCUUUUAAGGCUCUUAGAUUCUGAUUAGGAAUUUUCUUAGGCCCUCUUGAGAAUAAAGAUAAAUCUGACCUUCUUGUAUUCCCAAGGGCUGUACAAUUCUCCCCCUGUCUAUUUCCAGACCAACGUGGAGCUUCCUGGUUGGAUUCCAUCUGUCCAGUCUGGGGAAUGGUCACGUGGAAACAACCAGCAAACACAACUGUGCUAUUCUUUUUUUACCUUCCAGACUUUGACUUCAAAUAACCCUUUAGCCUCUGGGUCUCCACUAACUGGCGGGGUGACCUGGGCCCAUUCCUUCCUGUUAGGAGUGAAUGAUCUCCAAGGCUCCCUCUGGCUCUGUCUCUAUGGUGGGUGUCUGCCUGUUCUGUCAUGGUAAUGACAUCUAGUGGGAGAUGCACACUUCUCUGUAGACUUCUUUUUCCUCUGCCAUCGUCAUUUGUGUUCCUCCGGACAUGCAGAGAGUUCAAAUGACGGUCUCCUUUCGUAGUAUACGUAAAACAUAAAUUGCUACGGAAGUUUCUCCAGCACCACAGUGACCUUCAGUCAUGGUGUUUCUACAAAACAGUUGAAUUCCCUAAAUAAAAAUCGGAGACAUCUUUCUAAGAGAUUUCCUCCUUUACACACUUGAAAACUGUGAAAUAACAGUUUAUUCCUUGUUAAAAUCUUUAUAGGAGAUGGUGGGCUUUUAGAUUUUCUACACCGUACGUGUUUGCCGUGUGCUUUUUAAAAGCUCUUGGUUGAUAAAGUUGUGACCAAUAAAUGUGUUUUAUGCCCAA